AUGGACAGAGACCGAAAGAGUUGGCACUCCUGGGAGAGAUCGAGUACGGACAGGAGGAGUGCUGGUAGGGCGAUGAUAAGGGCUGUUGAGCGCGGACAGCACUGGAGCGUGAUUUUCCUGCUCUCGCUUGCGCUGCAGCCGCAGGUUGUGUGUGCGGUGGGCACAUUUGAGGUGCAAAUUCGACAAUGGCUAAACCCUCUGGGCUUUCUACAGAGUGGUCAGUGCUGUGACCCCCAGGCCAGUGGGGGGCAGCACUGCUCAUCAGCUGAUCAGUGUGACACCUUCUUCAAGGCCUGUCUGAAGGAGUACCAGGCUCGGGUUGCACCAAUCGGCACCUGUACAUAUGGCACUGGCAGCACAUCUGUCCUGGGUGGCAACUCCCACACCUUACAUCACCAUGGAAACGAGGGAAGCAACAGCAGAAAUGGACGAAUUGUUAUCCCAUUUAAAUAUGCAUGGCCA